AUGUCAGUUAAUUUCGAUUUUCCUAGAUCUUUUGUAUCAUCACACUUAAAGAAUGAAUAUGAUGAUGUAUUACGACGAAAUAAUACCUUUUCAAAUGAACUUGUUACUGAUCUUAUUGAUUUAAGUAGCCCAGGAAUAUAUCGUACUGAUAUGACAAUGUCUAAUAAUGAAUUAGUAACAUUUGAUUUGGAAACAAAAUUAAUAACUGAAAAACUGGAUCAUUGGUAUUUAGACAUGAAAAAAAAUUUAAUAAAUGAAUUCGAUAGAUUACGUUUACAAUUUCUUGAAGACGCUCAACAAAAUAUUUUACAUGAAAAAGAAAUUCAAGCAAAAGAAUAUAUUCGUUUGAAUGAAGAUAUAAAAAUUAUGCGUGAAAUGCUAAUACAUUAUGAACAUAUUGUUGAUCAAAAAGAUCAAACAGAAAAAAAUCUUCAUAAAGCAUUAGAUUUACUUUAUAAUAAAACUAUUGUUUAUCAUCAUUAUUAUGAAUGGCGUAUAAUUUAUAGUAAAAUAAUACAAGAGAAAUAUAUAUUAUUAUUAACUAAACGUUUUUAUGAAGAAAAAUUGAAAAGAAAAACAUUAACCACUUGGAAACAUCUAAUUGAACGAGAAUGGAAAAAACGUUUUGAAUUAGCAUGUCAAAAAAAAUCGAAAACUAUUCUUUAUGAAUUAAGUAAUCGAUAUGAAAUAAAAUAUAAACAAUUAGAAUUACAAAUAUUAAAUGCAAAUGAAGAAAUAGCUCGAUUAAAAAUUGAUAAAAAUUUACAUGAUGAACCUCUUAAAAAGGCUUUUAUGCGUGGUAUUUGUGCUUUAAAUAUGGAAGCUAUGUCUGUAUUAUUUAAAGAUGAACAUGAAUUAGACACAACAACUAAUGAAAAACAACAACGAGAAUAUUGCAAACAAAGGAAUAAUGACAAUACUAAUGAACAAUUACUUGAUCAAGAUGUAACAUUAACAGGCUCAUCAACAAUCAGUGAUGAAGAAAAUGAUUUAAAAUAUUCAUCUUAUCAUCAUACACGUCCAGCACAUGUUCAUAAAGAAUAUUUAUCAAAUACAAUCUAUUCUACUGGAGAAGGACAUUCUAUCCAUGUAUGUUAUCAUUAUACUUAG